AUGAUCAAGGUUGUGGACAAGCAGAACAGGGAAUUAGUUAUAGACUUGUUCCAAUCUAUUGUGGAGAUAGUCACCUAUGGCGACAGACAUGAUCCAUCAAUUUUCGAAUGUUUCAUGGAAUAUCAAGUUUUGGCAGAGUUUGUUCGUGUGUUGAAGAUCAGUAGAAAUGCAAGAAUUGAGGCCCCAUUGCUCCAGUAUCUGAGCAUAAUGAUUCAGAACAUGGAGGGUGAACAUGCAAUUUGUAAGGCAGAGGCCCUUCAUCCAUUUGGGGAUGCCCCAGAAUACAUGCCCACUUUUGAAUUCAAAGUGUUGAAAAAGUUUGAGAUGAUCAAGGUUGUGGACAAGCAGAACAGGGAAUUAGUUAUAGACUUGUUCCAAUCUAUUGUGGAGAUAGUCACCUAUGGCGACAGACAUGAUCCAUCAAUUUUCGAAUGUUUCAUGGAAUAUCAAGUUUUGGCAGAGUUUGUUCGUGUGUUGAAGAUCAGUAGAAAUGCAAGAAUUGAGGCCCCAUUGCUCCAGUAUCUGAGCAUAAUGAUUCAGAACAUGGAGGGUGAACAUGCAAUUUGUAAGGCAGAGGCCCUUCAUCCAUUUGGGGAUGCCCCAGAAUACAUGCCCACUUUUGAAUUCAAAGUGUUGAAAAAGUUUGAGUCAAGCCUUGAAAACAUGAGGGUGUUACAGUGGUCUCUUGAUCUUUGGACAAAUCAGGAACAGUCGCAGAAAAGAGGCUUGGGACUCAGUUCAGAUCUAUUUGUUUAUGUAUCUUAUAUAUCAUGGCAACAGGAUGUUGUGGUCUCAUUCCCACUGUACACAGAAGCCCUUAAAUUUGCUCAUCAUGGGGAAAAGAUGAUCCAGAUAGCCGUGCGUGCAAUAACACUCAACAUAUUCAAUGUUAGUGAUGACAUGGUCUAUCAGUUUAUGACAACUCCUCCAGUUUCGGAGUAUUUCUCAGGCUUGGUUCUGAACUUAAGAACACAAUGCUUCCACCUAGAUGCUGUUGUCCAUGCUACAGAGAACACUUAUAAGGGAAGAAGAGAAGAACUUCUUCUGGAAACUGAUAAAAUUGUAGAUGAUCUUUAUUACUUUAAGGACAUAUAUUCUGUUGGCGAGCUUCACUUGAGCAAAACUCUUACUGGGGAUCUUGUCAGCAUGUUGGUCUUUCCCAUAUUGCUUCCAUUAGUGCACUUAAGCCAGAGUAGUGGCACACAACUCUCUGCAAUCACAUCUCUUUUUGUAGUUUCUCGUCUUCUUCAAGUUCUUGAGGGAACCAAUAUGGCUAACUUUGUGGCUAGUGCUAUUCUAUGUUUCCACAUGUCUUCGAGCAUAGAAGAUGUCAACAAUUUGCACAACUUGGAAGAAAUGGUAUGCCCUGAGCCUGAGGGUGAUGAAAACUUCAAAAGGAGCAAUAUUCCUGGGCAUUUAUCUGAUUUCCUUGCAUCUAGCUCUCAUAUUCUCAGUUUCCUUCCUGAUGAUAUUAAUAAAGAAAGUAGUUCCCCUUACAGCCGAGGCUGUGAAAGAGGUGAUGGCAACGUAGGACUUGUAGGGGAAGAAACGAACAGUCUGACUGUCCAUCAAGCCAAAAGACCUGACCAACAGUUGAGUAAGCCCAUGUACGAUGGCUCUCUAAAGCGUAAUUUCUCGUUAGUCAAUAGGGAAAUUUGGAAUUUUGUGAAAUCAUAUGAGCAAUCCUGUAAACGUCUUCGGGAAGAACUUCACAAUUGCUGGUUUGAUUAUAUUCCAGAUACUUUGAGAAAUGAAUGGGCAAGCUGUAAAUCAGCUCUUCAGGAAUCUUCCCAAUCUAAGGAUCCUUUUUUUGCACUAGACCUUGCUUGCCACCAUAAUAACCUUCCUUGUGACAGCACACCUUCUGCUCUUGCUUGGCAUAGGAUGGUUGAAGCAGUCAAGGUUUUGGUUCUCCAUCUUCAAUUGAAGCCAUUUAUUUUUGGUGGCGAUCCUUUUGAUAAUCCAUUGAUAAGCUUGAAAAGCAGUUCCUUGGCUAUUUCAGGAAGAAAAUAUGCUUCAGAUCUUUCAUCUGCAAGCUUUGGGUCAGACAUAGCGUUAGGCUCUGGAAUCCCUUGUCAAAUUGCAUUUUCAAAAGGAGGGAUAAGGGAUAUCUAUAUCAUAGCAAUAGCCAGGGAAACAUCUGGCAAGUUGCUUCUUUUGGAGAAACACCCCUUACACUCUAAGCGAGGAGUUGUAAUCGCUAUUGCUCCAUUGGCGGGGUUGAGUCCGAAGAUAGAUGAGAACCAUCCAUCAUGGUUGCAUCUUCAGAUUAGAGAUUUCGACCCAAAGUUUGAAGCAAGUAAAAUAAAAGGCCAUCACUCGAGCAUGUCCAUUCACGAGGCUGAUCGCCGAUGGACACUUGGUUUUUCAAAUGUGGAAACUUGUGAGGCUGCUCGAUCGAUGAUUUUUGAGGAAACUAGUAAGCAGAGGUCGGCAGUGGAGAGCUUGCUUGCUACACUACUUCAGGACAAUUUUCCAGGAAAUUCAUCAGAUAGUCAAGGACUGUGA